AUGAGUCUGGAGCUCCCCAAGCCAGAGAUCAAAUCAGCCACAAGGGUGACAGGGGGACCCGCCACCCCUCGCAAAGGGCCACCCAAAUUCAAGCAGAGGCAGACAAGGCAGUUCAAAAGCAAGCCCCCCAAAAAGGGGGUGCAGGGGUUUGGUGAUGACAUUCCAGGCAUGGAGGGGCUGGGAACAGACAUCACCGUCAUCUGUCCCUGGGAAGCCUUCAGCCACCUGGAGCUGCAUGAGCUGGCCCAGUACGGCAUCAUCUAG